CCUCACCCUUCCAUCAAAUAAACCAUUUAUUUUGUUCCCAUGGUCUUGACAAUAUACCUCACGGCUUGCUAACUUCCUUAUGUUCGCCAGACUGUCAUAGAGCCUCUCCCCAAAAAACCGAGAUCCGCUUCACCAAACUCGUAUGCUGCUGCCACAAGUCAUUCCUUUACUGCAAGCAAUGGAUCUCACCACGCCCAUCCCAAUGGCGCCGACAGCACCCGCGACACAUAUCCUUCCACUCCUCCUCGACGCUCGACAGGAUCGCAGACAUCUGCCAACCAGAAGCAGAAACUCUCUCCCUGGGGCAAACGGUCCCCGUAUGCACACCGGAUCAAGGAAGACCACAGGCCGUCGCACAAGUCGACGCAGGACAACACGGCCCGCUCUCGCUCCUCGACUCAACGGUUGAUGUCCGUCGAUAUCCCUUCACGAAAUGUACCUCUGAGACCCAGUCGAGGGCCCCCUAGUCCAGUACUCGUGCAGAGGCGUCCGACUCAAUCUCGAAUAGAAGUCGUCGUAUCACCGUCGCAACAGCUUUUGGCUGCAUUCCGCGGUCCAAAACCUAGGUCGAUCCCAGAGCGGAGGAAAGCGAUGCUGAAAGAGCUGAAAAAAGGCCCAAAUAUUGCCCUGCAAAAUCCACAAGAGGCUCGUGAGCUUUUUGGGACGUGCCUUCAAGACUUCAACCGGCCCAGGUCAGAUGAUGUCUAUGAUCAACGACUGCGAAAAUUGGCGUCGAAAAAGGCAAGAAAAGUUUCCCGGACAACGAGGUUGCCGUCUGACGAGAGCUUGAACACGUCGAUGAGAAAGCUAGGGCUGGGAGGUGGUGAACUGAUUCACCCUGCUGACGCCGCACGGCAGAUACUCACAAGUCGUUUCGACGAAUACGUCAACCCUCCCCUUACCUUUGCCAACGACGUCAAUCAGAGACGACUACAAGGCAAAUUUCAAUUUGUCGAUCGGUACAUAUUUAGUUGUCCGGGUAUCAAGACAGCCCCGCCAUCGACAAACUAUGGAUGCGACUGUGUGCACUGUCAUUCUUCAACUUGUCUAUGUUCUCGGAAAGACUGGAAAGACGAAGCUACGGGCCAAAAGUACACCAAGCAAAUCCCUACUUACACGAGACGUUCUGACGGCCUCGUCGUCCUUUCAGAAGAGUACAUCGACCGGGAGCUGGACCCCUCGGCAAGACAUUUCGAGAUCACAGAGUGUAACGAACUCUGUGGAUGCGGUCCUGCUUGCUGGAACCGUGUGGUCGGCAACGGUCGAACACUGUCUCUGGAAAUCUUCGAGACUGCCAAAUGUGGCUUUGGGGUCCGCUCCACGACAGACAUUGCAAAAGGUCAAUUUAUAGAUCUUUAUCUCGGCGAGGUAAUCACCGAGGAAGAACUUCGCAAUCGAGAAGACGCCGCGGCCGAAGAUGAACCGAGUUACAUCUACACCAUGGAUUGGUUUGGGGGAGAUUCGUACCAUAUCGACGGCAAGAAUUUCGGGUCCGCCAUGAGAUUCGCCAACCACAGCUGUAAUCCCAACGCUCGCAGUUUUAUCGUCCAGAUCCACAAAGGCGAUAAGCGAGUCUAUUACCUUCCGUUCUUCGCAAUAAAGGACAUUGCUGCCGGUACCGAGAUCACCAUCGACUAUAAAUCGAAACACGACGACGGCGACGAUGACGAGGACCAGCUAGACGCCGAGGCCAUUGCCGGUGUCGAGAGCGGUGAUCCAGACUUGGCCGACGGACUUAUUCGGUGUCAUUGCGGCGAGAAGAAUUGUCGAAAGUUUUUGUGGAAGCCAGGUGUAAAAGCGAGGAGGAGAAAGAGAAAGCCUGAGUAGUGUCACUGGUGGCUUUGGGUGAUGAUCUUCCUUUUUUUCCCCCCUUCUUGGUCUACUACGGUUAUGAAUUGCAUUCUGAGCGAGGCGUUUCACGAGGGGACUCUUUUCUUUCUUUCUCAAGAAGAGAGAAGGGCCCAUAAACAUUGGUGGUCAAGGGGUGGUGAUGGUAAUGAUACCCCUGCUCCAACAAGGGAGCACUGGGCAGUUGAUAUCUUGGGAUGGGGCUUUUUCUUCUUUUGGCCUAAUAUUGUCCCAGGAUGCCAGGAGGAGACUUGUAUGCUUGUUACCUAGAUACCCACGAGACAAGAAGAGAGAAAAUGAUUAGACCUCUUGAGCUUACGAUUUGGUAGAUGAUGGAAGUGCCCAUCUAACAAAAAUGAACUUGAAGCCAUGCC